GCUUGGGGGGUGGGGCUGAGCCUGCCUCAGUCGCUGCGGCCGUAUGGCUGCGUUAAAGGGGCCGUAGCGCCGUUCGCCGCCGCCGCCCCGGACCCGCCGCUGCAGGCCGGUGCCGGCUCCCCGGCGGCGCCAUGGCCUAUCAGGGCUUCGCGCAGGAGUACCUGGGGAUCCCGGCCGUGACGCGGGCCUACACCACCGCCUGCGUCCUCACCACCGCCGCCGUGCAAUUAGAAUUCAUCACCCCUUUCCAGCUGUAUUUCAACCCAGAUCUGAUUUUCAGAAAGUUCCAGAUUUGGAGGCUGAUCACGAACUUCCUCUUUUUUGGGCCCUUGGGAUUCAGUUUCUUUUUCAACAUGAUAUUUUUGUACAGAUAUUGCCGAAUGCUAGAGGAAGGCUCCUUUCGGGGACGGACUGCAGACUUUGUCUUCAUGUUUCUCUUCGGGGGAUUUCUCAUGACACUCUUCGGCCUCUUUGCAAGCCUCUUCUUCCUGGGCCAGGCUUUCACCAUCAUGCUGGUGUACGUGUGGAGCCGCAGGAACCCUUACAUCCGCAUGAACUUCUUCGGGCUUCUUAACUUCCAGGCCCCCUUCCUGCCCUGGGUUCUGAUGGGAUUCUCUCUGCUGCUGGGCAAUUCUAUCAUCAUUGAUUUGUUGGGAAUUGCAGUGGGUCAUAUUUAUUAUUUCCUUGAAGAUGUUUUUCCCAACCAGCCUGGAGGGAAGAAGUUGCUGCUCACUCCAGACUUCCUGACAUAAUUCAACUGAUCACCAUGGAAAUGGGUUGUCUGCAGCAAAGCUGUUGAUCGAGAAUGGCAAACCUUUAGCUAACCCUCCAAUAAGAAAUUAAUCCAAGGCCUCCUGGGAGGAUGCCUCACUUGAAUCUACUUCUGGUAUGUCUGAUGCCCAUUUUAGCCACUCACCAAGAACACAUACCUCAGCCCAGCCUGCGAGCACUGCUGUGUGUUCCAGGGCCACCUGCUAGAUCUUAGCUGUGUAUUCAACUAGAUGUUUAAACUGCUCUUGUUUUUCUCGCACACUUACCCCUUUGGGGCUGGUUAGAUGAAGUUUCCUGAAAUACAUUUGUGCUACCAAGUGAGAGGAGAAUUUGAGAGCCUGAUUCCGGCUCACACCCGCACAAGUCAACAGACUUCAAUGGGGCUGCAAGACUGGGCCUAAGAGCAUGAUUUCAGCACAAUCUUAAACUGGAUCCCACAUUUCCAUGGACUGGCAGGAGUCAGAGAGAGAGGAAGGGAAUCUACACUCUUGUGACAACACCUCAACUUCUCAAGGGCACAAUGCUGCUGCCAGGCUGGAGGAGUGGCAGAGGGGAUACUCCCAGUGCAGGAGGCCCUGUGUAAUGCACCAUCAGCUGCAUAAUUUUUAGUGGAGUGAGAGGAAGUUUUGACUUUCCCCAUGCCCCGGUCCAACCCUCAAGUGACAGGCCGAGGUAACAUUCACAUGUGGCAGGGUCCAUACAGCCAGCUGAGCAGGGUGACACUUUCUACUGGACACAAGGAUGAUCCCUAAGGCAUGGAGAGUUUGGUGUCUGGUAAAAUCAGCUCCUUCCGUUAGAUAUUCAGAUGGAAGCUCUUUGGGCCAGGGAGCUUGUUUGUAUAGGAUCACUAUGUAUUGAAUAAGUCAUGGGGACAGGAGAACUUGUUGGGUCCCACUUCAGCCUCUUCUUAAAAAUAUUUUCAUAUACCUUACUAUAGAAAUAGUUCUAUAUAGUGGCUCUCAGCCCUGUACUGCUAUAUCAUGUUUCUUGGCUCUCUCCUUGUUUUGCACUGACAGUGCUGACCAGCAAAAGCAGAAUCCCACCGAAUUACAUGGUUUCAGCUCUCCCUCAGAUGAUUAAGAUCUGCGUGACUCCUCAGACUCUUGGCAGUCCCUGGAGAUAUUAAGGCUGUUCUUUUGAUACUGCUACAGCAGACCCUUCUCCUACAUCACUGGAAUGUCUCUCUUCAGCAACCACCACUACUGUGGUUUGGGAAUUCAGGAACUAACCAACCACAGAACCCAAAUAUCAUUAAUCACAAGAAGGUUUCAAAGCCACUCCUCUGCCGGAGGAGAAGCAGAAGGAAGAGGACAUUUGUACUAAGAGAAACAAAACAAGGUUUUAAUUAGUGGUUUUUUAAACAAGAGAUGAUGUCUAAGUAUUGAUGAUUGCUUUGUUCUGCUGGGGCCUCCUUUCCCACAUUCCUCUCCUACCAGCAGCCAGCACUUUGAUUUCAUUGUUUGCAAUAAGGUUCCUUUAUCUUUGACAGGUUUGAAGUCUACCUAUUGCAAUCACCCUCUAUGUACAAACUCUCCUUAAUAAUCAGGGCCAUGCAGAAGUCCUUGGUAAACUGGCUUUAACAAGCCAGGGUGUGAAGUCACCUCUUGGGACCACAGGCUGGUAUUAUAUCAGAACAUCCGUGGCAAACUAAGCACCGUCUGAGAGAACAGCAUUUGUUAUAAGCUAAAAUGACUAGAAGGGAGGUACAUUUUCAUAUCAUGCAAGCAACCUCCUGAGGGAAAAAACUAUCUACCUGCAAAUAGCCUCCAUCCUAACCAGGCCAUCUGUGAUAAAUGGGGAAAACACAGGUAUAUUAGAAAAGCCUUUUGGUACCUACGCAGGUUCAUAGGGCUCCUCUGAAGCACUAAGGGACAAGAACUAGGAAGAGUGACCAUCUAGGAAUGCUGGUCUCCACUGGAUAUGGGAUACACUGUAAUGGGGUGGGCAGAAGGCAAUUUAAACUUACUCAUAAGGAAUGAAGCAGUAGUGUUUGGGCUAAUCCAAAAGAGGACUUCUGUCCAACAGUGACGAGAGGGCUCUCCUCUUUACUUCAAGGACUGUCACAAGUAUAAGCCAGGAGGGACAUACAGAGAAGAAAGCUUGAACUCCCAGCUGUGCUCGCCAGCACAUAUUGCUAAACCAGCAAACGGUCCCCCUACCCUGGUUGCUUUCAAAGAGUUUACUCCCCAGUGUGGCCAGGAUAAAACUAUUCCCAGCACCACUGCACAGAGCUUGAGACGCACUUCCACCCAGUCUCAGGGACUGCACCUACAGUUAGGAACACACCUGUGACUCUGCGUUGGUGGAGGCUGUAGUGUAGACAUGCCUAGGGCAUUUUUUCCAUUAUGUCAUACAACUCUACUGAGAGGGGGUUAGAAGACAGUGGGAAAGACACUAGAUUCCGGUCCAUAUUUCAGCUUUUCUAGCGUGGACAAGACUAAAAGCACUUUUGGCAAUGGCGCCAAAAAUGGUUUGGUCCCCAACCACAUCAGGAGAUACCAAUCAGCUUUCACUGACAAAGGAAGGUAUAAGUCACGCCCUGAGAUGCUAACAGAGAGGAAACGCCGGCAGCAGGACAAGCACACAAGCUCUAACAAUGAGAGUGUACUCUUGCUUAAAUCCAUAACUACAAACUCCUCUCCAGAGAGGCAGUUCUCCACACUUAAGCAGAGAGGAUUUAAUGUUUACGUUUGGUUUACACUGAGUCUCUUACAAACAUUGCUUUGGCGAUAAUUUUAGAAUUACACUGUUUCUGGGGACACCACUGGGGUAUAUUCUUGAAGGAAAGCGAACUGAGAAGUGCCAAGGGGCAGAUGAGGAGUAAAAAGCAGCUGGCCUACAGCACUCCGGUGCUCCAUUUCCAAAGGAGGCUGCCACGAUGCUGGUUGUGGACAGUCGUGAAUAUACAAAGACCAUGGAGAAAGGCAGAGCAAAGGACAGAAGGUUACAGUGAUACAGACAUAUGCUCAUGGUGCCAGGAGUGCUAACUGGCUGGGGUUCUUCUAAAAUAAUGAAAGCUGACUGCUAACUCCUGACUACAGCAAUUUAUUAAACCACAAUGUGAACUAUAAUAAUCCUACACACUCUCAGGAUUGCCUCUUAUACAAUAAACAGGUCAGACUCGCAAUCUAAGUGCCAGCAGAGUAAUUCUAUGGACUAGCCUCCUACUUCUACCAUAACUCUAUCUCCUGUUUUCUGCUUCUAUGCUCCCCCCCCCUAAGCAUUGCCCGUCCCUCCAAUAAAGGGUUGGAUGCGGUUCUCUUCCAACCACUGGGGUGUACCAUUGUGAUGGCCUGAAAUGGCCACAGGGAAUUACUAAAAGCCAAAGCAAGGCAUGUCCUUUCCCCCAGCCACUGCUGGCCCCGCAAAUCAUCUCACCUUCACAAAGUAUCACAAUGCACAGAGUUUAGUCUGCCAGGCCAGCCCAGAGACCAGCUCAUUAAUGCAUAUUCCCAACUUGCACACUUGUAAUAUAAUGAAAUACAUUAAGGAUAAAAACCAUCCAUAUACUAAUUCACCACAGACCACUGCAUAAUACAACUGGAACCUAUUAUUGUCAGAAUGCAUAACCUGUCUCCUGGUGAUAAGUAAAUCCUGUACAUGCUGCAACCCAGCUACAAAACAUAGGUCUGGAAUCAUACCAGUUUUUAUUCUGGCCAGUGCAGGGCAUUACAGUUGCUGUUUAAAUCAACAUUAAGCUUUGAAAAUACUUAAGACUGGUUCAUGAGUCAAUGUGAUACAGGGAACACAAAUGGCUUGGAGGCCUCUCGAAAACGGUAUCAGUAUGUAUGUUAUGAAAGGAGAACAUGAUUAAAGGGUACAUAUUUUCUGUAUGAAGAAGAUGAAACAAUAGCUGUUACCCAUUAGCUAUAACAAAAGGCUGUAAUGUGGUAAGAACUGAUAUUUCAGCAUCACAGAAUAGUACUGCCUGGAACAGUUACAAACUGUACGUAACACCCCCAGCGUCUCAACGCAAACGGCACUUAGGGAAUGAAGCAGCCAUUUCUAGUCUUUUGGCUCUAUUUUAAACCAAAAGGUACUUGAUGUUUUGAAUGGGUGAAGCAGAUUCCUCAAGUUAGCCAACCACCAAGAGCCUCAGGGUAUGAAUGAGACAGGCCUGAAGAGCAGCAUGCAGAGCCAGGCUUCCCUAGAGUUUGUGGUGUUUGCACUGGUCCCAUUCCCAGCCCCAGUAAAGCUAAACUCCAUGCUCUCCAGAGUCAGCCUGCACGUUACAUCCAAGUGAGGCUAUGCUCCAUUUCCCCAGUGCAGGCACCAAUUCUGAAAUUAGCUUACAUCAGUGAGGACGACAUUGAAAUAGCACCUCUCCCAAACAGCCUCAGCACAUUUACACCUUGCCCUCCCAGCCACCCAGCAACACAGCCUGUGAACCACACAAGAAAGUGGGAAAGAGGGAAGAGUCUCUGCAGGGUUCCCAAUAGGUGACCAUAAAGGAGCUGCCACCACCACGCAGGAAAUGGCCUUUACAUAAUAUUGGCUUUUGGGAAUUCUUUUGAUUUGUGUUACUAAGACAUUUACAUGAAAGGAAUAUCUUCACUGCUUAGGAGUUCAUUUGCUUCUUCCUCCUCUGAUAAACCUCUACAUAGCAACUAACUUAUGUCAAAGUGAGGAGGGCUUCAGGUGACAGAAGGACCACAUGAGCUCAAGAAGCCAAAACCAUGCAAGCAUCCUUAAGAAGAGCAGAGUAGGAACCAGAGUGUGGUACAUCAGCAGGAUUGUCUCCCAGAGAAUCUCUUCCACAAGGAGGCAGCUAUUUAACAGAUAAGACUACAGUGUUCUGUACCUGAAGGCAUAAGUCUUCUGAUGCCAGCUCAGCUGUCCCCGAAUGCUGUAAGCGAUGGUGGUGACAAAUUCGCCACCCAGCCCAAGCUCUGAACACAGCUUCAGUGCAAACUUCUCCGGGGAGUUCUCCUUCUCCGACAUGUCCCAUUCAAACUGGUCUACCAGGGAAAUGUUCCCCACGUGGAUAUUUAGCUGGACACAAUGCCAUAAACACAAGUCAGAUUUGUUUGCAUCUCAAAUGCUCUUUCGCAUACCAAUCUCUUGCAUUACCUUGUCAUGGUCAUGCUUAUUUAAUGCAGAACGUAAAGUUCAGGGGCAAAGAAGAUAAAAGGCUGAACCAAUUCCAUGCAUUUCUAGAACUAUUGUAUUUGGGUUCUAUACUGCCAUUAGUGCUAGGAAACCCAAAUGUGUGAGGACUUCCAGCUCUCCUCCCCAAAAUAUGACACUGUUCCAUCCCCCACGGAACUCAUAUUACAUCAUCGUCAUCUCAAUUCCUGGCACAGGACAGCAGUGUUCAAUAGUCUGCCACCAGGGCCUCAACACAGAGGACAGAGAUGUGAUCUAGACACAGGACUGGGAGCCAGGAACUCCUAGCUUGAGGAGCCCACAUGCUUUUCCUUCCCCAAACAGCCUUCUACAAAGUAAGUUAACCGAGGUCAUGCCUUCCUUCUUUAUUACCUUAAUAAUAACUCGUUGAUCUGAUUGGUCCUCUAGGAUACUGUCAGUUGGAUAAGACUCAAUCUGUUGUCGAAUUGCAGAGGCAAUGGCAGGAACAAAGGUCAGAGGAUUCAAAUCCAGGUCAUCACAGAGAAUCUCCGAGAACAUUUCUGGGGUCAUUAGCUUUUCUGAUGGAGGUGAAGAAAGGAAAACCAAUUUAAUUAGAACAAGCCAGUAUUCCCAGUUAAUUCAGUCCGGGCUUACAGCAAUUAGAAUCUUCCUCUCACUAACUGAUUACAAGGCAUUAGGCCUCUGCUGUAACCUACCAUGCAGAGGGAAAUCUUAUCUAACCUCUUACUAGAAAGAGUCAAAGGAAGUUUUUAGACUCUGGUUUGUAAGGACAUAAACAAUCUACAAACUUUGACUUAAGGAAUGGACAACAUUUACUAUUUGUUCCUAUGGAAACAAUGUAGCUGCAAUCUAAUACAAUACACAGGUGAAUGAGAUUAUGGAGAUACAGGCUUUCUGUGCUUUUAUAUUUGUAUCUCAUCUGAAUACCACAUGAGAUCAGAGACACUGGACUGUGGCAUCACUGAAUCAGGUGAGGAGAACAGGCCAAUUACAAAAAAAGAUGGCCUCAAAUUACACACACAUCCCUAGAGCUCACUGCAACCAGCAGGAAGGACACAUGAUACAGGAUGAGACAUGACAAAUGGAAUCCCAGUGAAAUGUGAGGCCUUGACAGCUUUGCCAGUAUGUGGCAGGGGAUGGACGGAUCUCUCUCAAAAAUAAACAAAUAAAUAAAUAAUGCUAUUGUAUGGAUGCAACUGAAUCUCUCCAAGCUCCUUAGACAAGACUUGGCUGCCUACAUACCAUUCAUGUUCCACGUAAAAGCAUCUCUGAGUUUCUGCCCAUCGAUUUCCAUGUCCAAUCGGAUUGGAACCAGAACCUCUGGCUGGGAUGCAUUCUCAUGGAUCACUGCCGGGUCAUGGUCAUCAAAACUGAAAACAAACCAUGACAACACACAGCAUUCGACACUGGUAGAAGGUACACUAGCAUCCAGGAGAAGAGACAGGAUUUACCAGGCGUACCUCGCUCUGAUAAUCACAGCCUUUGGGUGGGCUCUAAAACAUAAGCUUACACGCCCAAGGCAACAGUGGACCUUGGGUUUCAUUUUCACCUUUAACAUGUCUGAGAUAAAAGAAUAUGCUAGAGAAUACAGUGAGGAAGUUCCUCGAGUUAAUUUGCAUGACUGGCUCCCUCUGAACUCUUCAGGUCAAGUCUUCUAUGGAAGAUAUAAAAUCAUCAUGAGUCAUAGCAGCUGGACAAUGUUGCAGAGAAAUUAAAGUUACUGAAAUAUUUGCACAAAGGCAGUAAAAUACAUAUCUAGUACGAUGUAGGGGGACACAAUUUGACUUGAUCUAGCAGCUGGAGAAUGACACUAUGUGAUGUGAUAUUAAUGAUCAUUCGGUGGGAUACACAGCUCCUCUCUUCUAGGCCAUGGUGUUCAACUUCAGAACACAUCUUUAGCAAAUGAAGGCCAUUACUACUGUGUGGCUGGUUAGUGGCCUACGUGAAUUGAGCAGUAGUCUCAGUCCAGUGCCCAGAGUAUAGGUGUGCACCUCACAACCACCACCACAAUUGGCAUCCUUAUUGACAGUCUUAGCACAGCUACCAAGGAGUGGAUAGGAAAUGAGAGUCAGCUGCUCUCCUCCCUACUGAGGAUGGCCCUUCCUGAGACAGGGUUGAGGCAUAGCAGGGGGCAGCAUGGGAAAGCUUGCACGGCCACCUGUGCAGUGUCCUAUCAAAAACCAGUAGAUUUGCAUCCUGGGCUGUCAAUCCAGCACCUUCCAUGAGCACUACAUUAAACAAGUUUAAAAAAUUAAUGUUACCUGAUUCUUUAGUGGUUAUUGAUUAAUUAGUAAUUAAUUGAAAAUCAAUUAUAAAGAGCUGGGAACUGUAGGGUUCUAGUUUCAGAAUCAGGCACAAGAGAAUCAAGGUUAUCCACUUCAGUGUCUGGUUGGGAACCCUGAUGUGCACAAGGAAGGCACUCACGCCAAAGGCAAAGCAAAACUUUAUGCACUUUUAUUAGCACAAUAAGCGAAGACACAAAUA